AAUGGGAUCCAUUUGUUUAGCGAAACAACAGAAUUUCGCUUCUAUUUCUUAAAGUGACAUAGAAGUCGCUGAAGAAUAAGCUAUUAGUGAUCAAAUGAGCACUAUGUCAUGCAAUUUCAUUUCAACUUUAGAACUUCAGUUUAAAAGUUCAUAGUAAUAAACUCAAAUUGAACAAAAACAGACCAAAAAACUAACAUCAGAGUUAUCAUAAUUGAGUCAAUAAACUGUGAAGAAAGGAAUUUUAAAGAAUAAAAACACCUAUUAUGAAGAAGAGUUAAAAUUGCUUUCAAAGACAAUAAAAUUUAAUCAAGAAGACAUUCAUUGCGAAAAACUAGUGAAUUAUUUAAGGGCUCGUAAAUAUUAAGGGUUAUAAGAAAUACAUUUAUGA